AUGGCUGAGCUCUCAAAGGGGAAGCAGUAUGCGACGAACCACAGGCCAUCAGGACUCAGACAUGUACAGCAAGUCCCCGACAGCGAUUUUGAAGUUCCCGAAACGCAACUGGAGGCCUCCCAACCUGACUCGAUUGACAUCUUGCCUGAUGAUGCCGACUUCUUGGCGUGCAAUCAGGUUAAGCGGUCUUCACAUCAUAUUCUCCUUCCACAGACUUUCGGUGUGGACAAGCCCAGCUCAGCAACCAUCGUAGAACCUGCGUUUAGCUUUGAACCCAUCAAGCGAGCUCUGAACAAGACGCCUCCACAGCAGAACGCACCGGCCUUGCAGCCCUCUACCCACCCUGACGCCGCUGUGCUCUCUAUCGAACACGAUAACAGUGGACCACACAAGCCAGGUUUCAAUGUUACUUGUACAGUAUCUACUUCCCCACCGCCUGCAAUUGAAGAGGAUGCUGCUAUCGUAGCUUCCGAGAAGGAAGAGGCCCCGCUCGUUCAAGACCAAAUCCCGAAACCAUCACACACAAUCCCAACUCUCGUUGAAAUCGGAGAUACCGGGCAUACCAGGCAUCCUCCCUCAAAGCCUGUCUCCAUUGCGAAGGCUACCCGUAAUGGAAGAAAAGCGAGAAAAGGCAGGAAGACGCUCGUCUCUGGGUUGCUUGUGUCAUACCCAAAUCCCAUCGCCGAAUCGUCCAAAAACCCCACGUCACUCGAACACAAAGUAGAGGCCGGCGGCCCCAUCCAAGAUGUUGGAGACUGGGCUGUCAAGCCUCAGGAUAGUGGCGUGCGUGUGCCGACAGAUGGGCCAAGUGAUACUAAGGCGCAGUCAUUGCUCAUAGCUGAAAAGAGGUUGCGGCGCUUUACUAUGGACAACGCCUCUACUUCCGUCCAGCACCAAGUAAAAGACUCCGCACAUACCAGCUCAAUUGGAGCAACUCAGCAGAGUGUCUUCUCCGGACCGAAAUUACCGGAGCCGACCAAUAUUGCAGGCCGCUCCACCUUUUCAGAAGUCCCAUCGUCUAACGCCUUAUACGAGGGCCAUGCCUUUUCUUUAAAGAUGCAACAGAAUCAAGAUGGUGAUGCAGGUAUUCAAGGUGGUUUAUCCUUUGUAGGCAAACCCAUGACGCAGCAUCCAGGAACAAAUUCGACACUGCGUCAGGUCCUAGGACCUACAUCAAGCGGAAAACCCAGCGGUGCGAAUCAACAGAUCUCGCCAUACAGCUUGACGACUGAACUGGACCAAGCACAAGCAUCAUUCUCGUGUUUGCAAGACGUGCAUACUGGCUUACACGAGCCCUCGAGCCGCAUGGGGCCAAUUCGGGUGACCAAGCCUCAUAAGAAGGUUCGACCUUUACACAACUCUUACUCGAGGCCGUCCUUAGCUGGUAGUAAUUCCCAAACAACUGCCAAGACCACGGCUUUAGAAAUUGCACUGGACAGUUUCCGAACGGCUUGCCUUGUCGACCAGAGCCGAAUGGAGGAUCAGAUGUCGUUUACAUUGAACACUUUGAAGCAAGAGAAGAGGCAGCUUGAAAAGGAACUAUGGGAGCAGCAGACUGCUAAUAAUGAGCUGAGCUUGCAACAGAAGAUACAGAAGGAAAGCCUUGCUCGUUUGACUGAAAAGGCGAAGACGCUCCAGAAAUAUGUUUCAGGCCUUCAAGACGACCACGAAAGAUGUCAAAGACUGGUGGUGGUCUCUCAAAAACGAAACAGCCAGGCUUUGCAAGAUACAAUUGCUGAAACAGUGAGAGAAAAGGCUGACCUGCAACGUGCAUUCGACCAAGCGGUCGACUCGUUCAGAAAAAGUCAGACUAAGAUGACAAAGACUCUCAACGAGACUUAUGUGCAGCAUGAAGCCGCAAUAUCGAGGAUCACCGAUCUUGAGGAGCACCUCACCGAGCUCACAAGCACGUACGAGGCCGAGAAGGCCAGGAGCACCGAAAUCGAAAAACAGCUUGUGCCGUCUCUUCAGAGUAUACAGCGUCAGCUGAGCGAAAGCACCGUUGCCUUCACUGAUAAGCUGAGCAGCAUGGAUGCGAAAUUGGCUUGUCUUGCGUCCGAGGAUCGCAACCAAAGCGGCGUCAUGGAUUGCUUGCAUAUCCUGCAGAAACUCAAGUCAAUUUCCUUUCUGACUGUUGACGAGGCACGGAAGGCUGAAGGCAUGUUGCGUUUCAUUUACGAGCGGACAGAUGCAGGAUUUGAACAGCUGGCUGAGACUUUUGCGAGCGAACCGCGUUUUGUAGAAAGCAUCCGACAAUGCGUGCGCGACCAGGUCCAGGGAUUACUAGCAGAAAUCUUGCGGCGUGGGCAGGCGAUAGUGGAAUGCCAUCCGGCUCCUCAUGCAACUGGGUUGAUCAAGUCAGAACUUGAUACCUUGAAACAGACUCAUCAACAGACGGAGGCGCAGGUCAACUUACUUACACAAUCAGAGGCGGCCCUCAAGUCACACAGUGUGCAAUUGGAGACGCAAAGGAAUGAAUUGCAAGCUACUCUCCAAGAGCAUCAAGCGCAGGCACGGCUUGAAAUAGAACAGCUUCAGGGCGAAUGCAACCGGACUAAGAGCGAUUUGCUACUUGCGAACGACACAAUCAAGCAGGCUGAACGCCUAUACCUGGGGCGCGAGCGGGAGUUUUUCGAGUACAGAUCACAAGCCUUGGCCCAUUGCAAUAGCCAUGAGAAACAGAUACAACAGAUGAAGACCCAGCUUCAAGCCGGAAACCGCGCAAACGACACUCUCCAAGAAGACCUCACUAGCUCGAAAGCCAUGCUGGAGUCUGUACAGUCUGAUUACGAUCAGCUGAGCAUCGAUGUCUCUCACUACAAGUCUAUAGCUGACACACUCCGCCAGGAGGGGGAUCACCUGGAGAAAGAGCAUGAAACAACUCAGGCCUCACUUCGCUCUACAGAAGAGAGGUUCCGGGUUCUUGAAGCAGACAGAGAGGUACUUACCGGUACACUCAGGGAGGUUCGCACGAGUUUGCGCAAGUCAAUCGAUGCUGGGGCUGGCUCGAAUACAAAAUGUUCCGACUUGCGGCAACAACUUGGCGACCUGCAGGAUGCUAAAAAUGCCAGUGACGAGCAACUGCAAAAAGCACAGCGCAACCACGCGAUGGAACUACAACAGAUCAAGCAGGAUUGUGUUACGCGAAUCGAAGACUUACGAUCUCGCCUUGCUGCGUCCGAAGAUGAUCGCAAAGACUCUCAUGCGAAGGUGCGACUUAUGGAAGCUGCCCAUAAGCAACAGCUCGAAUGUCAUAAGCAAGAGACCAGUGCAAGGUUCGAACAACUGGGGUCUGAAUCAGAACGAACCCGGAAAGAGCUUGAGGUUCAGCAGCAGAAAGCCAAUGCAGAGAUUGAUGAGCUACAGCGUCAAGUCAACGAGUGGAAGGCUAAAACAGCAAUCAAAGUCCUCGUUCCGAACUCACAACCAUCCCUUGCACACAAUGCAACAUCGAACGCAUUACAGCAGCCCCAAUCCGGAAAAACUCGAAAGAAGGUCGAUCGACAGACCAACUCGGUGACAGUGGUACCAUCAAGUAGCCGGCGGCCUGACACUGACGAACGUCGGCCUAUCAUUGAUAGAUACAAUCUCCUCCACAACCGUCGCGAAGGCUCGCAGCACCAAACGGGCUUCUUUGAAGAAGAGUAUGAUAAUCGAUUCGGGCCUCAAAUCACAUUUCACGAGCAGGAAAACAAUCUGCCGCUGACGGAUGCUGGUGCCCAGAUGGUUCCCGAGACCCAAGAGAUUGAGCUCGCGCAAGGAUCUACUGCACAAUUCGCAGUGAUUGAAUCACAGGUUUCUGUUAGUGGUGGUAAAAACCGCGAGAAGACUGGGUCAGACCUGUCAACGAUGCCUUCAGAAGACUUGUCUGAAAUGCUUCUGGAUCUCCGAUCCGAUCCUGGAAGACGGCGUGACUCAUCUGGUUACUUGCCAUCUCCAAAGAAUACUAUAUGUACACCGGAACGUUCGGGACAAGAAAUUACUUCAGACCCUCCGUCGUCAACAUCGCAAGACCGGCCCAAGUCUCGAGCGAAUACAGCAUCUCGUAUGGCGCCUUUGCCCGUGCACGACGCACCGCGACAGCGUGUGCACGCUGACGAUCUUGCUCAAAAUCUGGCGUAUGUGCAUCCCCACCGAAGUCUGAACAAUGUAGGUCCCAAACGUGAUCACGCCCAGCUUGUUUCAGUGUAUGCUGGCACACAGCCCAGCGGAGCCGAUGCUGGCCAGAAACGAAAAUCUGCCAGCGACAUUGAGCAGGGUGCUCCCUCCAAGAGAACCCGCGUUUUCGCUCAGCCCAUCGGCCAUCGUCCUUCACCGAUAUCGAAAAGUGAUGCGCCCUUCACGCCAGCACCAACCAGUACAACCUCUCACCCUGAUGUCAACCCCAGUCCGUCUAAUGCCACAGGCCGCCACUCGAGUAACCGAUCGUCGUCCAAUGCCGGUUCUCAGUCUAGUGCUCCUCGGCUCUCGUCCACUCGCAACACGCGAAGUAAGACCAACAAGUAUGCGGAUCGUUUCGGACAGGAGCUCGAUCGACAUUAA